CUAAUGAUCUCCACCUCCAAUGAACCAUCUAAAACUCGAUUGCGCGUCCCAUCGUGAAAGAAGAAAAAAAAAUCCAAAUCAUCUGUGCUGUUCGCAAGGCUCGCAUUGCUCACAUUGAGAUCGACCGGAGAUAUGGUAAUAAAUUAGUGGAAUUGCGCGCCCCGUAGAUAGGCGGUUAAGAUUGUCGACUGUCGGUCGGCCGAUUGCAGCCAGCCAGCGCCAGCGCAGCGCAUUCCCGGGGUGUCAAAGUAAUGUAUGGCGAUGAUCGUUGCUACCUCAGCGCUGUGGUGGUGAUAGAUCUUACCGUAUGCGUGCUACAUAAAUCAGACUAUCGGUGUUGCACAGAUCGUCAAAUCCGGAUCAAAACAUCCCGCGUGUGCUCAUUCGGGUCGUUCAUUAGCACCUCCCGAUUUGGGGGAACGCAGUCAGGGAAAUUCGUUUCAACAUCUGUGGGCUUGGAUGCGCGAGUGGCCUCUAAUUAAAUUAGAGACAAUCCAACGGUCCCGUUAGCUCCCAAUUGUCUUUCACCGUUUGAUGGUGAAAUGGGAACGAUUUGCAGUUCGCUUCAAGAUACCGCCGAGAGAAGUUCUUCCUUACGUGAAAACAUCAUUACAGUUUAUCCGGAACGGAACUCCGUACAAAGCAAUGAAGACAUUAGGGAGAGUUUGGGUCAUCACGGUGAUGAUCGUGGCCAUGAUCGCCAGCGAUUCCACGGGAUUGAGUCAUAAUGAUACCGCCACCGAGAUGGUGUCCAGUGAGGCUGCAGAUCAUCAUCAACGAUCGAAACGGUCGCUAAUGUUCCCCUAUAAUGCUGCCCAGGGUAUAAUCGUGGCAAUCGCACUUCCGUUAGGCAUCCCGGAUAGGAACAUCUUCUUGUCGUACAAUUUCGAAGGCAAUUACAACAACCCGAUUCAGAGCAAUAUUUUCACCGAGGGGUUCUUCAACUUUAUCAUCGGAGACCUGGGAAUCCCACUGCAAUCGCCUGCCAUUUUCAUCAACCGUGCCCUGAAUGGUGAUUCGGAAGUGGUUGAAACACCAACUACGACCGAACAAAUCGAAGGUGAAACCGCACCACCGACCCAAUCGGACCGACACCCGGAAGACCUACUGAACGCCUUUGCCAACCGCUCCCCGAACUUUACCCGGAAGAAGGCUUACCGAGCGAUCGAACGGCAUCUGAAGAGAACCGGCCUUGAUGGGAAAAAGUGUCUACUGAGAGCUAUUUGUGAAGCGGCCGAAACUCCGCUGCUAGAGCACAACGGCAUCAUCGGUGAUGUUAUGCACAUUCUUCUGAGCCCGUCAUCUUCAGCGGACGAAGGUCUACCACCGGAGUUCUACAAGGCGGAGGAGCUCGGUGAGCAGGGACAAUGCCAAAAAUAUCGCAAGCGUUGCGAUAAGAAUGUGUUAGAUGAGAUAAGCUUCAUGAUGUGAGUUAUCCGACUAAAUAAAGAAAACAUGACAGGAUUUUAUUUUGACA